AUGGUAAAUUUAAGUUUUCCUCGUUGUCCGCAGAGUCUGUUCUACGAGAUCCUGGCCGGUGUGUGGGUCCGUAACGGGCUGCAGAUCAAGGGUCAGGCGAUGACCUACAUCCAGGCCAACUUCUGCAACUCCAUGGUCGACAUGGACAUCUACUGGCUGCAGAUAUGCGCGGCCCACCUGCCCGCCGAUCAGUUCCUCGAUAUGUGCAUAGACAUGUUCGGUGUGCGCGAUUGGCUGAGCAUGACGCCGCUGUCGCCCGCGCAGGCCGCCGAGCAGGACGCCAUGCUGGAGGGGCUGCUCACCUUCCUCGCGAUCCUGGUCUCCUCGCGGACCAACCUCGGCAACGACGAGCUGACGCAGUCGCGGCUGGAGGUGAGCACGCUGCUCGCGGCCGGCGACAAGACGCACUCGCAGCUCCUGGAGCUGAUGCCGGAGCGCUCGGGCAACGCGCACACGAGGAACUUCGAGAGCGUACUGAGGGAGCUGUCGACGUACCGUCCGCCGCCCAAGGGCUCGGAGAACCUGGAGCAGGGGCUGUUCGUGCCCAGGCCCGAGGUGUGGGAGAAGUACUACGACCCGCUGCACGUGCUGCGGCGCGCGGUGCACCGGCGCGACUUCCACUCGUCCAUGGACCGCUUCACCGCGUACGUGCGCGAGAAGCGGAAGGCGGAGGGCGCAGGGGGCGCUGCGGGGGGCGGUGGGGGCGCGGCGGGGGCGCUCUGGCCGCCGCUGAGGCCCGCGCAGCCGCCCCCCGCCGCCGCGGGCGACCCGCGCCUCAUCUGCCUCUCAGGCGUACUGCACGGCGCGCUGCUGGCCGUGCUGUACCGCGGCGUGCGGCGGCGGGACGGCGCGGGCGGCGCGGGCGGAGCGGCGGCGCCCCCCGACCACGUGCUGGCGCUCGCCGUCUACCUGCUCACCGUGGCGGCGGACCUGGCCGCGCCGCAGCAGGCGCACGACCGGUCGGUGUGCGUGGCGAGCGGCGAGGGCGGCUCCCGCGCGCGCGUGGUGCGCGGCGUGCCGCUGCUGCGCGCGUUCGCGGGCGGCGCGCUCUGCGAGAACGCGCGCACCGUGCUGGCCUCCGUGCCGCCCAAGCGCCGCGCGCGCCCCCACCUCUGCCCGCGCCCCGCGCACGCCUACCACUCGGACAGCGACACCGAGUGGGAGCCGUCGGAGCCGCAGACGGGCCGCCUGCCGCCGCCCGACAAGGCCGUCUCGCUGCCCGCCGCCGCGCCCAGCACGGCGCUCGCGGUGCCCUCCGCCCUGCAGAUGGCGCGGCUGGUGCACAUGGACUCUGUGCCAGAUGACCAAUCGGACACCGGCGGCGACUCACACGAAAUAAGAGCCUUAGAAGGAAGCAGCGGCGAGAGUCAGGCGCUGGCGCUGCCGGAGCUGGAGGAGGGUGGCGAUGGCGGCGAGGGGGAGGGGGAUGGCGCGGGAGGGGGGCGGCUGCCGCUCGCCCUGCCCGCCCCGCCCCAUCCGCUCGACUACGCCGAAGAAGACACGGAGGGGAUGGAGAUGCAGUGGCAGGCGUUGCCCGCGCCCUCCUCGCCGCUCUCGCCGAGCUCGCCCGCCUCGCCCUCGCUGCACACCCCGCCCCACGGACCCUCCUCCCCUGACACACAGAUGCAGGUGCACACGCAGCCGGACGAGUCGAUCCCCGUGAACGAGUCGAUCAUCUCGCUGCUGCUGAAGCUGCACUCGCAGCUCUCGGGGCGGCUGGACUCGUUCUCGCUGGAGGAGGGGGGCGCUGGUGGUGCGGGGGGCGAGGGGGCGUUCGGCGACGGGCCGCACUUCGUGGGCGCGCUGCUGCGCAAGCUGGCGGCGCUGGACGCGCGGUGCGCGGGCGCCGUGCAGGCGGUGCGGCGCUCGCUGUGGCCGCACCAGCGCGAGCGGCAGGCGGAGCAGCGCGCGCGCGAGCGCCGCGAGAAGGAGGAGCGGCAACGGCGCGCGCGCGAGCGCCAGCAGCAGCUGAUGCGCGAGUUCGCGCGCCGCCAGCAGCAGUUCCUGUCGGCCAUGCGCGCCGAGGGCGGCGACCACAUGGACUGGGAGGACGAGCCGCUCGCGCGCGACUACGACUGCGUCAUCUGCAACACCACCGCGCCCGCCACGGCGCACGACCCCAUCGGCCUCGUGGUGCUGCUGCAGUCCACGUCGGUGCUGGGCCACCGGAGGCGCGCGGGCGGCGGCGGCGCGCGGCUGGCGCUCUGCGAGGCGGAGCGCGCGCGCCUCGCCGCGCAGAGGGACCUCACCGCCGCCGCGCACCACUACCGCCUGCACGACGACCUGCACCAGCACUUCGACCAGGAGUCGUGGGUGCUGAGCGUGAGCGUGGGCUGGGAGGGCGGCGUCGUGGCGCAGUCGUGCGGCCACCACCUGCACCUGCGCUGCCUGCGCGCCUACCUGCGCUCGCUGGCCGCGCCGCGCCCGCACAACCUGCACGUGGAGCGCGGCGAGUUCCUCUGCCCCGUCUGCCGCCAGCUGGCCAACAGCGUGCUACCGCUGGCGCCCGCGCCGCCGCGCCCCUCGCCCCCGCAACACCCCGCCGCACCCGCCGCGCCCCCGCCGCCCGUCGCCAUCCUCGACAUGCUGGAGCGCGAACACCCGCCGCCGAGCCCGAGCCGGCUGUCGGAGGCGAUGGGCAAGGCGAUGGAGGACAUGACGGCGAUGGCGGGCGGCAAGCUGAAGCAGCGCUACGGCUCCUCGCCGGCGGCCAUCUUCACGUUCGUGGCGUCGCUGGUGCGCACCAACGUGGAGUGCGAGCUGGUGCAGCGCGGCGGCGCGCUGCUGGCCAGCCCCGCGCCGCGCUACAAGCCGCGCGACGACUGCAUCGUGCCGCUGUUGGCGGUGGCGGGGGCGCACGCGCGCGCCCUGGCGGCGGCGGGGGCGGCGCUGGGCGCGGGCAGCACGUGGCGCCAGCUGCGCCCCUCCGCGGCCGCCCCUGCCGGCGCCGGGGGCGGGGGCGCCGCGCUGCCCGCCGUGGCGGCCGGCGGCGCCCGCCCCGUGCCGCUGCUGCUGCGCGACCCGCUCGCGCUGCUCAUGCACUUACUUCUGCUUGCACCCCACACCGCGCCCUACCUGGAGAUACAGCACUUCACGUGCAUCGUGAGCUCGCUGUACGCGCUGACCUACUACCAAGUGGUGUGCCAGCUGUGCGCCGGCGGGGAGCUGCCGCUGGCGGAGGGCGGGGCGGAGGGCGAGGGCGGGGGCGGGGGCGGGGCGGUGCUGGAGGCGGCGCGGCUGCUGGCGCCGGCGCUGGCGGGCGCGGCGCUGAUGGCGGACGACGCGCCCGCCCAGCCCGCCAGGCCGCUCGACCUGGCGCUCGUCGAGGCUCAGGUGCAAGAGCUGAUGCUGCCGUUCGUCCGCAUAGCGGCGCUGCUGCGCUCGCACAUCUACGGGCAGCCGCUGCCCGAGGUGGGCGAGGCGCGGGAGGAGUUCGCCGCGCUGGUGCAGUUCCUGGAGCUGGCGGGUGCUGGGGCCGGGGCCGGGGCGGCGCUGCACGGCGAGGCGGCGGCGGCGGCGCGGGCGUGGGCGCGCCAGCUGGCGGCGGCGGCGAGCGGCGGCCAGCUGGGCGUGCGGCGCGUGGCGCGCUCGCUGCACGUGGCGUGGCAGCAGCCGGCGCUGCUGGCGCUGCCGCGCGACUACGACCGCCUGUUCACGUACUACCACGAGCGCGUGUGCCUGCAGUGCGGCGCCGUGCCCAAGGAGGCCUCCGUCUGCCUGCUCUGCGGCACGCUCGUCUGCCUCAAGCAGCCCUGCUGCCGCCGCCACCAGGUGGCGGAGGCCGUGCAGCACGCGAUGGAGUGCGGCGGCGGCACGGGCAUCUUCCUGGUGGUGACGUCCACGUACAUCAUCGUGAUCCGCGGCAGGCGCGCCUGCCUCUGGGGCUCGCUCUACCUCGACGACUACGACGAGGAGGACCGCGACCUCAAGCGCGGCAAGCCGCUGUACCUGAGCCAGGACCGGCUGGAGCUGCUGCAGGCGCAGUGGCUGGCGCACCGCUUCGACCACACAAAGCGCACCUGGGUCUGGCACCGCGACUCGCUC